AUGGAAGAUCAGAUAAAUGAAAGGAAAUGCGAGAAUACGUUAUUCUUUGUAUUAUUGGCGACUUUAGUUACUUAUGUUCGUAGGAUGAGUAAAAAUUAUGGUUUCAAUCAAAGUCAAAGUCAAAGUCAAAGUCAAAGUCAAAGUCAAAGUCAAAGUCAAAGUCAAAGUCAAAGUCAAAGUCAAAGUCAAAGUCAAAGUCAAAGUCAAAGUCAAAGUCAAAGUCAAAGUCAAAGUCAAAGUCAAAGUCAAAGUCAAAGUCAAAGUCAAAGUCAAAGUCAAAGUCAAAGUCAAAGUCAAAGUCAAAGUCAAAGUCAAAGUCAAAGUCAAAGUCAAAGUCAAAGUCAAAGUCAAAGUCAAAGUCAAAGUCAAAGUCAAAGUCAAAGUCAAAGUCAAAGUCAAAGUCAAAGUCAAAGUCAAAGUCAAAGUCAAAGUCAAAGUCAAAGUCAAAGUCAAAGUCAAAGUCAAAGUCAAAGUCAAAGUCAAAGUCAAAGUCAAAGUCAAAGUCAAAGUCAAAGUCAAAGUCAAAGUCAAAGUCAAAAUCAAAGUUAG